UUAUUCUAAUAAUGCUUUCAUUUGCAGGUGGUUUACGGCAAAGUGGAGGACGUCACGCUGCCCUGUAAGGUGGACAUUAUUGUUUCUGAAUGGAUGGGCUUUUACAUGUUACAUGAGAGCAUGUUGGACAGCGUUAUCAUGGCGCGUGACAAGUUUUUAAAACCAGACGGCCUGAUGUUUCCGUCUCAUUGUACGCUCUAUGCAUCUCCAUGUGCGUUACCAGAUCUCUAUUCGGAGUGGGACAAUGUUUGUGGUGUGAAAAUGAGAUCAUUCGCACAAGCCUUGCGUAGCUUGUACUUGAAUAGACCAAAAAUCAUGAGCAUUGAAGUCGAGAAUAUGCUUUCUCAUAAUGUCAGUCCCAUUGCAGAAUGUAAUCUUAAGAAUUGUCAACCACACCAGCUUGAUAAAAUCACGGCACAACGAUACAUAACCAUUGUUGAGAAGAGUGGAAUUUAUCAAGGAAUAGAGAGAUUUUAAAUGGGCAUAUGAAGAAUAAAUCAGCAAAAAAAAAAAAAAAAUAUACUUGGGUUAUGGAUCAGCAUUCAGCAGCACCCAACAUAA